AUGUCCUCCUGCUCCUCCAUGCAACCCUCCCCAUCCAACUUCGGCCUCGACUGGGCCAGCCCUUUUCAGCUCGGCCGAUCAACUUUCAUCCUCUUGUCCUGCCCACCCCCCACCUCUUCUCUCACGCUCGGAGGCUCCUCCGGCAUCCCGGUCUGUGAUCCUUCCUACUCUAACCUCUGUGCUUCUAUCUACACGUGCCCUUCUGUGGUUGGUCUUGGCCUGCCUUUGUUCCCCCCUACCAACACUUGCUGUGUGUAUUCACCCGGCAAUCUUGAUAGCAAGGGUGAGCUGGACCUCUGCGGCCUGAAGUGCGCCGGGUAUACCUCCGUGGUGUCCCUUGGAGACUACCCGACGGACCCCGCCCGGUGGGAGUAUGGGGUGGCGUUAAAGUAUAGCCAUAGUGAUUUGGAUAAUGGCAUUGUGGACACCAAGUGCAAGAGCUGUGAGAUGAGUGAUGGGGUUUGUGGGUAUAGGGUUGAUGAUUAUUCGUUUCUCUGCGUGUGUAAGAAUGGCUACAACACCUCCUCGGAUUGCAACAAUAAUUUCAGUCCAGAUCAGGACCUGUUUUGGGGCUCUGCCUCUAAUUUACCACCUGCAUGGAACAUGUGGUUUGCGCUCGUGGUUUUUUGGGAAAUCUUCUACUCUUGUUUUGAUCUUUUUUGA